GGGGCUUCUAGAUGGGUGAGGAGGGACAGAUUUUACUUUUGUUACUCAUUUGUUUUUCCUGUCAUGAACUGGAUGAAGAAUCAACCUACUGAGGGUCUCCACAGAGCUUGGCCCUCAGAAUGCUUCUGGACACUCCAAACCACGCAACAAGAUGGAAAAUGUGAUGGAGGGAAGGUAGUAGUAGAAAGAGAACUAAGCUAAACAGCUUAGUUAAAAUGUCUUCACUUCUGCAAAUUUUGGAAAAAUGUGCUCCAAUAUUACCUCAAGGAUUAUGGUCUGAACAAGAACUUCAAUCAUGGAAUAAGAUAAAUGAUGUGUGUUCAUCUUUUCUGGCCAUCGACUCUCAGCCUCAGGCAUCUACUGCACUGAGGGACCUUUGCUUUAUGGCGAUGGGGAUUUUACCAAAGCCUCAGGAACAAGAUGAAAAAGAUAAUACUAAAAGGUUCUUAUUUCAUUAUUCAAAGACACAGAAGUUGGGCAAUUCAAAUGUUGUGUCGUCUAUCGUGCAUCCGUUGCUGCAGCUCGUUCCGCAACUGCAUGAGAGAAGAAUGAAGAGAUUCCAAGUGGACAGCCUCUCAUUCACUAGGAAGGGUUCCAAAGUCCUUUUCCAAGUAGAAGGAGAGGCUACUUUUUAUUCAGGCCACGCAAUGGGAGGUCAGCAGGUAUCAUUUAAAAUGGAUGCCAACUAAUUUUCCACAGAAACAAUGUGUGGAAUACAUAAUGUACUGAUGUUUUUUUUUUUUCUUCUCAAAAGCAAUCUUCUCUAAGUUUACUCUGUUGAAAAUUCCUGUGUUGUGAACAUUCUCAGUAAAAGUUAGUUGAGACUGCAAAUGUUUAAUCUGUAGAAAAUAAAAAGCAUCUUAAAAUAGUUUUUCUUAGUGUUAUAAUGAUAAAUAGUGUAUAGUAAAGCUAUAAAUAAUGAUGUUCCCUGGAUGUCUGUGACUAUUGAUUGUACUGACACACAGUCAUUUGAUGUUGGUUCAAGUCACUCAUUAUGUGACUGAAUGAGCAAUUGUUAUCCCUUUUGGAUUUUGUAGCUAAUUCUUAGAACAUGCACACCAACUAAAAUUAUAUGACUUGAAGCUUUGUUCAUA